UGCGGGCAAGUGAGGAAACACGGCACCAAAUGGCUAUUCUAGGACAAUUUCUGAGAUGCACAGGCUUGCAUUUUCGAUCAGUGCUGAGUUGUCUCUAUUUGGCAGUUGUGCUGGAAGCAGUCCCAGAAUUUUCAGUUCCCUCAGGCUACCUAAAGAAAGUCCUGAAGAACCAUACAGCUCAUGCCUGUGAAGGAGAGAAACUGGGAAUCACUUGCCCACAAAAGACAUCUAUCAGCAUCCUUUCUGCCUUUUAUGGUCGUAAAGUUCCUGGUGAGAACUUUUGUCCAACUCUAACUGGUAAGACCAGUGAAAAUGCCACCUGUGUGUCAGUCACAGCUAGACAGAAACUCCUGGAUGAGUGCAAGGACCAACGCUGGUGUCAGAUAUCUGUGAAUAGUCAAAUGUUUGGACAAGAUCCAUGUCCUGGCACAUACAAGUAUCUUGUAGUAUCUUAUAAAUGUAGACCAGUGAACUACCGAAUAAAGACAGUAUGUGAGAAUGGGACGCUGAGGCUUCGGUGCAGAAAUAAAUCUGUCUUGACAAUUUUCUCUGCAAAUUAUGGCAAAUUCAUGGAAGGAAAACAAGAAUGUGAUGUAAUGAAUAAAAAUGGACCUGUCAUAGAGUGCUUAGCUCCUGAUGCUCUACAAAGAGUCUUGAGACAGUGCCAAAAGAGAGAAAACUGUACACUGUUUGCAGAUACAGCUACUUUUGGUGAACCUUGUUUCCCAGGAGUGAAGAAACAGCUGCAAGUUUCCUACAUAUGUGUGCCUAUAAAGUUGCUGCAACAAAUGGACCAUAGCUCACUGGACCCAUUUACACUGUCUGAUUAUAUAUAUGGCAUCCCUGAGAAAAUGGGCCUGUAUUUCCUGUGCGGUGUCUCCGGAGGUCUUAUCUUUCUAUUAUGCAUCUUUACUCCCAAAGUGACCUUUAUCCAGGACUUGAAAGAAGUUUUCUGGUGUAUAAGUUCCAAGUUGGGCAAGAGAAAGCUACAGGACCAAGAGGAAGAAGAAGAUAACCACAACGAUGACAGUUCUUCUGGCUCCUCUUUCCAUCAUUUUACUCACACCUAUCCAGCCUCAAAUAGCCUGUUUUGCCCUGAACUGACUGCAGUUUUAGAGCGUGCAGCUAAGGAAAGAAACCAAGAAAGAGAUGAAAUCUGGAUAGCCAAGGAACCUAGUCCCUAUGCCAUUUACAAAGUAAAAUCCGCCACAAAAUAAAAUGACCCAGAAUGUGCUAUUUACCUGAGUACCAAGUGUAAAGACAGAUGAUCGUAUGUUUUAAAUACAGAAAUGCCACAAAAUACUGGCUAAUAGGGAUGGAAAAGUAUUAUUGUUAAUACAUCAAUUUUCAAAGGUCUGAUUGAGACCAUGAGCUUUCAGGUUACAGCAAGGCCCCAUAAGCUAUAUGAGCAUACUAAAUUUUUUAGAAAGGUCUACAAAAAGGAAAAUAGAAAUGAGGUCGUUAGUGUGAAAGUUUGUUAAUAAGCAGGGGAGUAAGCCCUGGAAUUUUUGGUAGAUAGGGAAAGAAAUGACAACAUAUAAGCCUAGGAUACUACCUAUAUCAGUGAGUUCACCUGAUGAAAAGAUACUUUUAAGCAUAUAUUUAGGAUUUUAUAAAGGCUCAGAGAUGAGGUGGAACAAGUGCUUGACAAGUAGUAACAGGACACAUGAACCUCAGGAGGCCACUCAGUUUCUCCAUUUUAUAAUCUAUAAAAUACACUUACAAUUAUGAUUGUUUAGAAAAUCAAAUGGAUUAUUGUACGUAAAGGUGUUAUAUAAAAUGUAAUUUAGGGUGGCAGGUGUUACUAUGUUCCAAUUGUUGGCACUUCAGAAUCUAUCUAUAUUCAAAGGCAAACCAGCAAAAAUACUAACCUUAUGUGGUACAGUGGAUUAUUCAUUUGUGGAUUGUCAGGUGUUAAAUACUGCCCAUUAAAUUGUCCUUUUUAAACAAUUCAUUCAACAUCUCCAAAUGCUGGGUAUUGGUGAUAUAAAAAUGAAUAAGACAGCCCCUGCUCUCAAG